AUGUCCUUCUGUGAAGACGUUCAAGCCCUCGUUGUUGACAACGGUUCUGGUAUGUGUAAAGCUGGUUUUGCUGGUGAUGAUGCUCCAAGAGCUGUCUUCCCUUCAAUUAUUGGUAGACCAAAGCAAAAAUCAAUUAUGGUUGGUAUGGGUAACAAGGAUGCCUAUGUUGGUGAUGAAGCUCAAUCAAAGAGAGGUAUCUUGACUUUGAAGUAUCCAAUUGAACACGGUAUUGUUACCAAUUGGGAUGAUAUGAAAAGAUCUGGCAUCACUUAUGCUUUGCCACACGCUAUUUUGAGAUUGGAUUUGGCUGGUCGUGACUUGACUGAUUAUUUGAUGAAGAUUUUGAUGGAAAGAGGUUACUCAUUCAAUACUACUGCUGAAAGAGAAAUUGUCAGAGAUAUUAAGGAAAAGCUCUGUUAUAUUGCUUUGGACUUUGAAGCUGAAAUGAAGGUUGCUGCUGAAUCAUCAUCAGUUGAAAAGUCAUACGAAUUGCCAGACGGUAAUGUCAUUACUGUUGGUAAUGAAAGAUUCAGAUGUCCAGAAGUCUUGUUCCAACCUAACUUCAUUGGUAUGGAAGCUGCUGGUGUUCAUGAAACUACUUUCAAUUCAAUUGGUAAAUGUGAUAUUGAUAUCAGAAAGGACUUGUACGGUAACGUUGUCUUGUCUGGUGGUACUACCAUGUUCGAAGGUAUUGCUGAAAGAAUGACCAAGGAAUUGACUGCUAUGGCUCCAGCCUCUAUGAAGAUUAAGGUUGUUGCUCCACCAGAAAGAAAAUACUCUGUCUGGAUUGGUGGUUCCAUCUUAGCGAGCCUUUCGACCUUUCAGCAGAUGUGGAUCACAAAGGAAGAAUAUGAGGAUGCCGGUCCAGGUAUCGUUCACAGAAAGUGUUUCUAAAUUGGCACUUUGUAUAGUCAACUGUCGAGCUCUGUAAAAAUAAAUCUGUAAUUUAAAUG